CUCCCGUCGAUUAGGGUUUCAUCUACCGUCCGUCGGUCCAUCUCCUCAAUCUCUAUGCCCAUCAUCAAAGCAGGAGAUUCAAAACCGUCCUUCCGUCUCCAAAACCGUAGCAGGAGAACGAGUGGUUUGACUGAUACCGGACGAGAAAUUGUACCUGGUGGUCAAGACCAAGCCCGGCACGAAGGAUCUCAGAUCGCGGCGGACCAUCUCAACAACGUGCGCGUGGAGCCGAUCGGGGGCCGCCGGCAGUUCCACGGCGCCAAGGAGGCUUAUCUGUCCGGCCACUUCGACGCGCACACCAUUGAGUGCGAGUGCGUCGUCCACUCCUUCAAGAACUACACCAAGCUGGAGAAUGUCGGCGCCGAGGACUACUUCUUCUGUCGCUUCGAUUACAAGGCGGCCAAUUGGGCCUUCACCCCUGACCAUGGUACUGCGAACAUGAGAUGCCUUAUAACCCCGGCGAUCUCAUGGUCCUGUGCGAGGGAUGCGAGGACCGGAAAGCAACUUUCAGCUACCCUCUUCUUUAUUGCUUCCUGCUGGGGUCAUCUUCGUCUCCGAUCGGAGUUCUCCCGCACAAGAGCAAAGACAUCAUCGAUGGCCCCUUGAUCACUUCCAAGAUCAAAACCAAUAGGACCAUCCUUGUGGGUCCUUCCGAGGAAUUCAAGACGGUGCAGGCCGCCAUUGAUGCGGUCCCCAUGGGUAACUCAGAUUGGAUCAUCGUCCAUUGCAGGUCUGGCAUCUACAGAGAGAAAGUGGUGAUCCCGAAGGAGAAGCAGUAUAUAUUCCUCAGAGGAAAUGGAAAAGGAAGGACCGCAAUCGUGUGGGAUGAUAGCUCAACCAAUAACACUCUCUCUGCGACCUUCACUGUUUGGGCUGAUAACUUCGUUGCCUUUGGCAUCAGCUUCAAGAAUGAUGCCCUCAUCGCCGUUGCCGACGCUCCACAUAACCAGUCAGUCGCAACCAUGGUGGCCGGAGAUAAGGUAGCAUUCUACCAUUGCGCCUUCUACAGCCCACACAAUACCCUGUUCGACUACAAGGGUCGACACUACUACGAGAGUAGCUACAUCCAAGGCAACAUCGAUUUCAUCUUCGGCCGUGGGCAGUCUAUAUUCCAGAGUUGUGAGAUCUUUGUGCUGCAUGACAAGAGAAUCAAGAUACUUGGCUCCAUCACUGCUCAGAACAGGCCGUCUUCAGAUGACAGCAGUGGCUUUGUCUUCCUCAAAGGCAAGGUGUACGGGGUGGGAGACGCGUAUCUUGGUCGAGCAAAGGGGCCUCACUCUCGUGUCAUCUUUGCUAAAAGUUAUCUCUCCAGGACCGUCACAGCUGCAGGGUGGACUAAUUGGAGUUAUGAUGGCAGCACAGACAAUUUACUGUACGGAGAGUACGACUGUCGUGGUCCGGGGAGCAACACAACUCUUCGAGUUCCUUGGUCGAAGCAACUCAACGAAGAAGAGGCUUCACCUUUCAUCACCAUAGACUUCAUCGAUGGCAAGGAAUGGUUACCAGUAUACUACUAGAAAUGCUGCUCCUCUGCACUACUGUAAUAAAGCUUUAAGCGUUGCGAUUACUAUGGUUUGGUUGUACUAAGACCCAGCAAGGACACUGUUCCUCCUCCAUGAAUUCUCCGAGGAGGAGGAUCUAUUAAACCUGGACAUUAGUCAUUCA